AUGGAAGUUCUUGAAUUUGUGGAAAACUCUCCAAGAAAGCUGAUUUUGAGAUGCUCAUCGAAUUCAGUGAAGCAAAAGGCCCCAAAGAAAGGAGUCAAAGUGGCUACCAAGAAGAAGCCGGAGAAAGUAACAAACCAUCUCUUUGAGAGGCGUCCAAAGCAGUUUGGCGUCGGAGGAGCAUUGCCACCUAAAAUAUAUCUCACUGGAUACAUAAAAUGGCCAAAGUCCAUCCGCCUCCAGAGGCAGAAGCGUAUUCUGAAGCAGAGGUUGAAGGUCCCACCUGAACUCAACCAGUUCAGUACUAAAACCCUUGACAAGAACUGA